AUGGGUCUGCUGAAAAUCCUCAUAGAAGGACCAAGAGAAGCACGUGAAAGCGACAAUGUUGCAAUUAAAGGAAAAGUGCGGUUUCAUCCUUCACUUAAAUACGUUAAAUGGCAGAAGCUAAAACGAGGCCUAGAAAUUGUUGACAUCAACAUUCAUUCUGAGAGGUACACAGGAUCAUCAAACGAAAUUGGAAAUCCAAUACUGUGUAUAAACUCAGUGGAUGCUGAGGAUGAAUCAGAGUACAGAUUAGAAGUCCGGAGAGGGGAUAAAACAGUUUACUCAAAUACACUUUUUUUGCAGGUGAUUAAAAGAGAAGGUUCAGGAAAACCAAAGAUGGAAAUAACAUGUAACAAAAAGGACGGAAAAUACAUUUUUGGGGAUGAUAUUUUAAUCAUGGCAAAAAUUACAAACCCAUUAAAUGUACUUUGUCUUACAUGGCAAAAGGAAACUGAAGAGGGAGUAGAGGUUAUCAAUACAACAUUACCAAAGUAUGAUAAAAGUUCAACUAGGAUUCAUGACUCUCAACUUCAUAUAAACAAAGCUACUUCAGAAGAUAGCGCUUACUUUUUCCUACUGGCAGCCUUCACAUACGGUGAAACAGAAAGUAACAAAGUUCGCAUUCAUAUUAAAGGAGAAAAACCUAGUGUAUCCCUUGAGCAAAUACCAAGGGAUGCUUCGAUUGGUGAUACAGUAAAAUGUAUGGCAUCCAUCAGGAGUACCCCGAUCUUGACUAGUGUUGUCUGGAAGAAAGGGAAAGAAGUAAUUGAUCCAAAGGAUCCAAAAUAUAAAGAAUCCACAUAUUUUACUGUCAAUCCUGUUUUAAAAAUCAACAAGAUAAACAAAGAGGACGAAGGUGUUUAUGAAAUAGAAGCUACAAAUCCAGUUGGUACAACGUGCACCUCAGUUAAACUGACUGUUAAUGGAGCUGCUCCUAAAAUCAAAUUAUCACUUUUGUCCCCAUCACCACAAAUUGAAUAUGGCAGUUCUAUCACAAUCAAAGCUGAGAUUGACUCCUUCCCAGAAUCAUCAAUUAUAAAAUGGUUUAAAGUUAAAGAAAAUGAAGUAGAAGAGAUCAACACAAAAAAACCAAAUUGCCGUCUCAGCAAAACCUCCACGGGGUUUUUGGAGCUUUCCAUAAACAAUUUGGAUUAUACAGAUACAGGAAAGUAUAGGAUUUUUGUCGAGAAUGCUGUUGGCAGUGCGACAGAAGAAGUUAAUAUAGACGUUCAAGGAAUUCCAAAGCUUUUUAUUUCAGGUCCUACCGUGGUAUCUCCGUCAAGUACAGCCGAGUAUUGGACACUGUACGACGCCGUUAUAAACAAAAAUACUGUGUGGCAGAAGAUUACUACUACUGAAAGCAAUGAUAAAAAUUGUGGUCCUAAAAUGUACUCAUCUAUUUUAAAAUCUUUUUGUGAAGGACCGUUUCAAAAGGUUAAUUUAUUGCAUAAAAAACAAAGUGAUGAAGAAGAAAAUGGAAACAUAAAUCAAGAUGAUGCAGCAACUGACCAUGUAAAACCAGAUAAUACAAUAACUGACCAACUCCAAUUGUCGGACGGCUCAUUGAAGAGUAACAGAAUAAAUACUAUUGUAGAUGUGUUUGGAAAGUUUGGUACAGAAGCAGAGACUAAUUGUCUGCGGUUUUUCCAUCUCCAAUCCGUCUGUGCUGAAGCUAUGAGAAGGGCUUUUGACACAUUGCCUCCUAAAAAUUUUCAAAAAAAGCUACAAAAG